UUUAUAUUUCAAAUUUAAACCUUCGGAAAUCACUUGUCAAAAUUUGUGUUUAAAUUGUUUGAUCAAAUAUGUAAUAUAGCGGCCAACUGCAAGUGAAUUUAUGCCGAAGUGCUGCAGAUUCUCGCCACAACUGGUCCGCAAGAGCUGCAGCUAGAGCUGGAGCUGGAGCAGGACCGGGACGGCAUUAAAAUAUUUUACGAAUGCAGAAGAGGAUGCCAGUCUACUCGACCCUUUGGAUGUGAAGAUGUUACCGGUUGAGAAUUUUGAGUGUGUGUUGAGAGAAACCCAAACGCCUGAUGCCCAUGAUGAAUACAGUAGCAGAAAUGUGGACCCCAAAGACGGAAUGCUAAGCCAGACUAGCAGCAAUAAUGAAAUCCAUAACGCACAACCAUCAUCAGAAUCCGAAUUCCUCUUGCCACAGGACAAUAACGAUGAUGCGUUGCGGCAGGGAGCGAUGCGCGAAUUGCUUGAAGCUGAAAUCAAUUACGUGAAUGUUCUGUCUGCCGUGUGCGAUGGGUAUUUGCCAGUCAUGAGCAGUCGUAUGGACAUAUUCCCCAUGGAAAGCAUACAGCUUAUAUUUUCGAAUAUCACAUCCAUAUACAAGUUCCAGCAAGUCUUUUUAGAUGCAUUGCGGAAAGGCGUCGAGCAGAAUCAAGUAUCAAAAGUCUUUCUUAAUAUGCAUAAAGGAUUUCUAUGCUAUUCCGCGUAUUGUAAUGCAUACUCCCGUGCUGUGAUUGAGCUUGCAACUUAUGACAACAUCAAAGACGCGCGAAACGUGCUUGAAAGUUGUCAAGCAUCCAUAAAUGUGAGUCAAUUGCCUCUUUCGGCGCAUCUGCUGGCGCCCGUGCAACGCAUCUGUCGUUAUCCUCUCCAUUUGAAGAAUUUAAUGAAGCGUAACAGCACAUAUGAGUCGGGGAUGCAGUGUGAUCUGUUGAACUAUGAACAGCUCGAUGUGUUCCAGCAUCACGUACCUGAUACGCAAGCAACCGUUACUAUGGCGUUGCAGAAGAUGCGUGCUAUCAUAGAGGCUGUAAACGAGGGCAGACGCCACAGCGAGAUCAUUGCAGGCUAUCAGGCCAGCUUGCAAAAAUUUAAAGGACUUCAGCUUCAGCUGCUCAGCUCGCGAUUUUUCAUUCAAACGGACGCCACGCGCUUAAAGCACAACCUGUGGAACAGCAAGUACAUCCUGAUCCUCUUCGAUAGACAGCUGGUCUACUGUAAGCCAGAUUUCAUCAAGCGCAGGCAGUUUGUCUAUAAGGGUCGCCUCCUUUUGGACUGUUGCUCCAUUAUGAACAUGCGAGAUGGUAUCAAAAUCGGGUUGCACACAGUUAAAAAUGCAAUACGCAUAUACUGCAGAUCACGAAACAAAUGGUACGACUUUAGCUUUUCCUCUAUACUGCGUAAGUAUGUCUUUCUUAACUCGCUCGCCUUGGAGCGACAAUUUUGUGGCCAGGCGCUGAUUGUAUCAGAGCUGAAAGGGUUUGACUUCAACUACGAGCAACAGGUUAGCAAAUAUUGCGACCUAUUCGAGUGCGAUAUGUCUCAUUUCCCGAUUCAAUCUACGGAUCACUUCAUUGACAUGCUAUCCAAAAGUUCAGAACGGAACGAUGAAUUGGCCAGUACCAGCAGUGGCUCUGGGCUAGUGUUUAUGUCAAAUUCAACCAAAUUUCUCGAUCGUAUACCUUUCGGCAGCUGGUUUCGAAAGAUAAAAGAUUCCAAUACCAUGGCGAAUCGGUCAGCAAAACAAAGGGCAAACUAUGAUUCGAAAAUCACGCUUGCAGAAGAAGAGGCUGAUAUUUCUUUUGCUUAAUUAUUGUUUUAUACAUUAUUAAUUAUAUACAAAUAGAUAUGUUAUAUUAACCACAGUAUAUGUACACAAA